CGGGGAGGCGCCAGAGCGGCCGGCGGAGCGCACGGGGAUGGAGGCGGCUGCUGCCCUGGCCGCCCUGGCCCUGGGGCUCCUGCUGCUGGCGCCGCCCGGCCCGGGGCCAGCCUGGAGCGGGGGCCGCCAAGAUGUUCCUGGAGAAGUAUGGCUACUUUGAUGAGCCAGCUCCUAGGGGACCCACGUCUGCACAGUUCGCAGAAGCAGUGAGGGAGUUCCAGUGGGUGACCCACCUGCCUCUCAGCGGGGUCCUGGAAUCCACGGUCCACCAGAUGAACUUGCCACGGUGUGGUGUGAGUGACGCAGAAAGCCAUGCUGCCUGGACCGAGCGGGUACAUGCCCUGCUCUCCGGCAGACGGGCCAAGACGAGACGCGGGAAGCGCUACGCGCAGCAGGGUGGAAAGUGGUACAAGCGGCACCUGACCUACCGGAUCGUGAACUGGCCUUGGUAUCUGCCCCAGCACCAGGUGCAGCUGGCGGUGAAGGCAGCUUUCGAUCUCUGGAGCAACGUCUCAUCCUUGGUAUUCUGGGAGGUGCUGGACGGCCCUGCUGACAUCCGCCUGGCUUUCUUCCAUGGCGACCACAACGAUGGACUCAGCAACGCCUUCGAUGGGCCAGGGGGCGCCCUGGCGCACGCGUUCUUCCCCCGCCGUGGGGAGGCGCACUUCGACAGCGAUGAGCGAUGGUCCCUGCACAGCGGCAAGGGUCGCAACCUGUUUGUGGUGGUAGCGCACGAGAUCGGGCACACUCUGGGGCUGGAGCACUCCCCCGUCAGGAGCGCCCUGAUGUCUCCCUAUUAUAAGAAGCUGGGCAAGGACUUUGUGCUGAGCUGGGAUGACAUCCUUGCUGUCCAGAACCUGUACGGAAAGCCUUCGAGGGGCUCCGCUGUGCGGCUUCCUGGGAAGUUAUUUGCUCAUUUCCAGAACAGGAGCCCUGAUUUUCCAGGCGACAAUCAGCUGCAGGGGAGCCUCGGCUCUUAUUACUGCCAGUCCUUCUUCGAUGCUAUCACCAUCGAUGCAGAUCACAACCUUUACAUCUUCAAAGGCCACCACUACUGGGUUGUGGCGAAGGGAGGCAACGCCACCGACCCACAGCUGCUCCAGACCCAAUGGGCAGAGCUCCCAGCUGGCAUUGACGCGGCUGCUGUGUCGGAGACAGACGGCAAAUUCUACUUCUUCAAAGGCGGCCGAUGCUGGCGAUACAAAGGGUCCGCCCUGGAGACGGGAUUCCCCCAGAAAUGCACCACCAGCAACCUCCCUCGCCACCCUGACGCAGCCUUCUACUUCCAGCAGCUCCGCCACCUGGUGCUCUUCAAGGGCCCCAAGUAUUACGUGGUGAGCGAGGAGUCCCUGCAGGUGGAGUGCUACUACCCCAGGAGCCUGAGGGACUGGAACGGGGUCCCGGCCGGGGUGAAUGGCGCUCUGACACAGCAGGAUGGCUUCAUGUACUUCUUCAAGGACGACCAAUACUGGAAGUUCGACCAGGCCAAGCUGCAGGUGGUAGCGACUGGGAAAUGGGCCGCCCAGCUGCCGUGGAUUGGCUGCUGGGGCAGGAAUUCCAGUCAGACUCUCUUCUGAUCUCUCACAGGAUCGGACAUGACCAGGGGCCAUGCUGUGCCUUCUGUCCCCUUUCCCACAUCGAUGCCCUGGGCACAGACAAGGGCAAAAUCCGGCCCUGAACAUGGCAUUGAAAAGAUGGUGGCAGAUCCCCAUCUCCUGCCCUGCUCUUUAUGGGGAGGGCUUUUAUUCAGAUACAUGUUUAGCUUCCCAGGUCGGUCCUUCACCCAGGUACCUCUUGUCAAUGAUCUACUUGAACUCCUGUCUCAGGAGCCAUCCCAAUGACUGGCACAGGCGAGCAGGGAUAGUCCCUAUCUGGAGAUGAACAGUGGGCAGAUCUCUCCUGCCUGAGUGUUCUUCAGUGGGUUAACCCAUGUCUUCCCUAAGUAGAAGCGCUAAAAUGGGCAUUUUACAGAGCUCUAGAGAAGACAAGACCAGCUUCUCAGUUCAAAGACAUCUCCACUUGCAAACAAGAGGAGACUGGCCCUUUAGCCUGACAGGGUUGGAUAAUCCCAGAACUACCACUCCAACGUGCCAGGGUCCAGAUGAUUGAAAUUUUAAACAUAUUUGGAAGGGGGUUUUUGGUCCAAAGAUGCCAACAUAUUUCCCAUAAAAUGAAAAGUUUUGGAUGGGAGAGACUCUAAAAAAUAAAAUCCUGUUGACUUUUUCCACAUACUUUUUAUGUUGUUUUUCACAAUAUUUUUAAUGGGAAUUUUUAUCAAAACUGCUAUUGUCAUUUUUCGUUUACCCCAAACUGGGGUUUUCACUAGACCAUUUACCGAAAAAAACGGAGGAGUUGAUAAAUGCAAAUAGAACGUUUUCAAUUAAAACAAACAAACCAAGGAAAAAUGGGCCCAUGUUGAACCUGCGAAACAGAACGUAAUUUCCAAAUGAUUGGCAAAUUUUUCCCCCGUUUUUCCAGUGGCUUUAAUCUUGCUGUGUUCAUUUGGUGACAAAUGAGAACAACUCUGAUAAUUCUCCAGGCCAAAUUCAGGGGUUAGCAUAGGCUACUGUAACUCGCUGAGAGAUCCAGAAGAAGUUGUAAAUUACAGCAGUUUAGACUGGCAGCCGUUUGCUUGGUGGAGGAGGUGGUCUGUAUAGCCAUGAAAGUAUCCUAUACUGUAAACACAAAACACUGUACACGCCUAUUAAAACCCUUUGAAACAUCAUCAGCUUGUACUUCUAAAUUAGCUGGCAGCAUCUGAAAAGAAGCAUCAUCUCCUAAGGGCAAUGGUGAAAGCUACACUCCUGGAAACCGAAAUCUAGACUGGGCAAAUAGACAAAAUAGCGGGGGUGGGAGGGUGGCGGAGGUUUGGACUCAUGGGACAUAAUAGCUCUGCUCCAUCUCUGGCUCCGGGCAGAUUCAGUGAUUGUGUAUUGAUUUCCCGGUAAUGCUGUAGGCUGGGCUGUGAUGUGGUGCUCAGUGCUGGGGCCACAUCACGCAGAUGGAUCAGCUAGGGAAUUUCUCUGCCUGGUCUCUGGGGAUUGUAUUCUCUCCAUCUUCUUGGAGAUGUGUCACUUCUGGAUGCCUAAGCAGGAGCUGGCCUGGGUAGCUCAGGAAAUCAAGAAACCAGAGUGGUAACCCUACGCUUGCAUCCUGCCCACGCUGCAGAAGUUGCCCAGCACAGUUUGUUCCUGUGCUGGGAGAGGGGCCUGCAGAGACAUUGCCCUGUUUUCUUUCAAGAACACUUCGGACUCUCAACUCCUGAGCCACCAGGAAGGUGAGUGAAUGUCUCGGAAGUAGAAGGCGACACAUGUUUUGCUGGAGUCUGCCAUCAAAAGCAUUUCAAUCCUUGUCUAAAGCUGCCUCCUCACCAGCAGCUGUCCCGGCUCACACCCUCUUUGGAGGUCUCCUGGCUUCCAGCUCCCUUUACAUCCUGCUUCUCCAGCUCGCAGUGUGUGUGGCUCUCCAGUUUUGCUGAUUUAAGCAGCUCUUAAAGCAGCCUGGCCUCCUGGUUUGGUCCAGCAGGGGGCACGCCUGGACAGGAAUUAAAGGAUUUGAUAACAAGGUAGGGUAACAGCUACUUCCCAUAUAAAAACCAAAUCCCACUUUCUUGGCCCUUUCACCAAAGCCUCUCAAACUGGCAUCUUCCACUGCGUGCCCAGAAGACCAUCGAAUUGGGCUGGGUUGACUCUGGUAGGAGAGCAAUUUCCAGAGUCUUCCAGCCUUCGCAGAGAAUGCUGUACCAGUCACCCCUUCACAUUUAUCAUGCCAGCUUGAGCCCUCUGCUGAAGCAUCGGGGAACAAGGUGAUACCUCAGGUAUUUCUAUUGUGAACCCUGCUAACUGAUGGUGACCGUACUCGCUCAAUCAGAAGGACUAUUGCAAUGAAUGGGAUCUGGGUAUCCAAUCCCUUAGGCAGCUCUGGGCAUCUCACCCUUAGCUCACAAUAUUGCCAGCUCUCACACUGGCUGAUGUUUUUUCUUAAAGCCCCCUGCUCCUGGAGGCAUGUGAUAUUUGUGAGAAAUUCAGCUUUCAUGUAAAAAUAAGUGCAAGUUUCUAGCCUUUCUUGCUGCAGAGAAAAGCUUGAGAAUGUGGUUGCAGUGAACUCUAAAAAGCUCAAAAUGCAAAUAAAAGGAAUCUCAUGAUUUUUAA